AUGUCUAAACUCUUCAACGCUGUUACUCUGCUCGGUGCAGGCACUCAAGGCUCGCGCCUUGCAUACAUGUAUCGGAAACAGUGGUCGCGCCAAGGGAGACCAGUCUACCUUGUCGACCAAAGCCCGGCCCAGCUAAACCUGGCAUUAGCCACCAUACAAAGGCUGAGAGCCUCCAAUCCAGCUGGCAAGGAAGGCAAAAUAACCAGCCUCACUGUCGACGAUCUGGACCCAGCGCUUCGCGACUCCUGGCUUGCUAUUGAGAUGAUCGUUUCGUCAACCUGCAUUCCUUCUGGCCACCCGAGACAACAGGUAACGAAGUCCAAGCCUACUCCAACCAUGAAGAGCUUUUUCAAUGUGCUAAUCAACCAUCCCUCAGCAAUCGAAAUUAUGGGCUCCAGCCAAACCCGACCCGACAUCAUACCUCUGCUUAUGAAGGAAACCCAAGACCAUGGAUUCCAACCCUUCCACGUCCGCAAAUCCUCCACAGGCUACACCUUCAACCGCAUCUGGGCCGCCAUCAAACGAGAGACCCUCCUGGUCUUAGAAGAGGGCAUUGCCACGCCCGAGGAGGUGGACCAAAUCUACAAGUGUGUGCUGAAAACACCCCGAGGGCCCUGCGAGCUGAUGGACAUUGCUGGAUUGGACGUGAUUCUCGCCGUCGAGGAACAUUAUGCCAAGGUGAGAAUGGGGAUCCCCAAUGCGCCGCGCAAGUACCUACGGGAGAUGAUCGAUCGGGGUGACUUGGGUGUCAAAUCCGGAAAUGGCUUCUUCAGUUAUACUUAG